AUGUGCGGCAAAUGGAGAUUGGUACUGACAGGGAUAGGCAAUCCGGAGCCGCAAUAUGCUCGCACCCGCCACAAUGUCGGGUUGUACAUGCUAGAGCUCUUGCGUAAGCGGCUUGGCCUGCAGAACAAGGCCUACUCUCCUGUGCCCCACACGGGGGGCAAAGUGCACUACAUAGAGGGUGAGAACUGCACGCUACUGAAGUCAGACGGCCAGUAUAUGAACCUGAGUGGAGAGCAGGUGUGCAAGGUUUGGGCCCGGUACGCCAAGUACCAGGCUCGUCACGUGGUUAUUCAUGACGAGUUGAGCGUGGCGUGUGGCAAAGUGCAGCUGAGGGCGGCCAGCGCCAGCAUCAGAGGCCACAACGGGCUACGGAGCCUUGUGCAAUGUAGUGGUGGCCGUGUACCCUUUGCCAGGUUGGCCGUGGGCAUCGGCAGGGACCCAGGGUCUAAUUCUAGGGACCCUGCGAGCGUAUCCCGAUGGGUGUUGGGGACUCUCACCCCACAAGAACAGCACACCUUGGUCACAGAGAGCGAACCUGCCGCUUGGCGUGCCCUAGCCCAGUACAUUUCAUAG